AUGCCCAGUCGUCCGUCUCGUGUCCGUACGCCAACCUCUGCACCACCUGCGUCGUCGAUGUUGACCUCCGGCUCAGGUUUGGGGCGGGAUCUUGAGGAAUUGACGCGGAAGGGAGUACGGAGCAGACCCCAAGCACAACGUCAGCUGCCCAAACGGCGCAGUACACGGUUCCAAAAUCACCACCUGCACUGCAACUGCAUCAUCCGCGUCAACUUUAGAACCAACUCGCGACUUACGACACUUCCGACACCCUAUCCUAGCCCCGCUGGACUACGGCUAUGGCUACCACCAACCCAGCCCGUGCAUGCUCAUCCUCAGCGGUACAAGGGUUCUCUCACCACCGACACCAACGCUUACACCGACGUUCGCCCUUCAACGUUCCAACCCUUCCACUCGUACGAGCCUCAGACCCUCCGCUUCACCACCGCAUCCGCAUGCUCGGAUCCAGGCCCAAUGCAUUCGGUGGCUUGA